AUGGUUCUCGCGACUUCUAUUCUUCUUCCUCUUUACCUUUACCCUACUCAAGGUGCUUGGACCUGGGCCACCAAUGCCAUUGCAGCUUACCCCUCUCUUGCAUUCACCAUCAUUGUCAAUCCGGAAUCUGGACCAGGAGCUCUCAAUGACUACCCAGAAGAUGAAUAUAUCUCUGGUAUCACCAAUUUGACAAAGUAUGACAAUGUCAAACUUUUGGGAUAUGUGGAUACCCAAUACAUGGCCAAGAGUACUGCUGCCGUUGACCAAGAAGUCGAGACUUACAAACACUGGUCUACCUACACCAAAGGAAACAUCGCCGUCGAUGGAAUUUUCUUCGACGACGCAGUCAACGAAUGGACAUCCGACUCUUCCAGCUACAUGACCACCAUCGCAGACAACGCUCACGCUCUAAACCUCACCGUCCACCUCAACCCCGGUACUAUCGCUGACUCGGAAUUCUUCAACAUCGCCGACAAAGUUGUUAUGAUUGAAGAUGACUACUCCGCCUAUUCCUCCAAGAAAGGCAAUUCGUUGAAAAAAAUUGCAAGUACUAAACAAGAGCAAAGUUCGGUCAUUAUUUACGAUUUUAGUGGUUCUCAAUCUCAACAGACUAAUACCGUUAACUCGAUUGUUGCUUCUGGGGUUGCGGAGGUGUAUAUUACGACGGUGGAAUAUACAAGUCAGAGUAAGAUGUGGACUCAAUUCGUAGCUGCGGUCAACAGUGCAGUGGGGAAUUAG